UUAAAAUUCAUCUUUCGAGCGAGACGCUGCGAUUUAUUUAAAAUAUACGCAUCUAUAGCGUUCGAGGCGUUUUUAGGCGUUUUGAGCCGCUAGCGGUGACUGUUAGAUGGGGCCACCGUCGCGAUGACGUCACCCCCCCACCAGAAAUGAAUUGCGCUACUACUGAGUAUCAGGUGGCAAGUGCAUUAGUCGUCCGCAUCCUCUGUCGGGGGUCGCAUCGGAUGCGAUCGCGUGAUCCUGCCCGUGAGCAAUCUCCCAACCUCGUCUCCGUUUGAACGAGUCCAUAUCCGGUGCUGAGAAACUUUCGUUCAACGCCACAUGUCGCUCUUUUCGAAAGUCCCACUGUAACUAGACACGCGAUUGGCCGGUACGGUGGUCUAGGGGAAACGGGCAACGCGAUUGGCCGGUCUAACGGAAACGAGCGACGCGAUUGGUCGAGGGGGCUUCCCGCCGAAUCCGGCCUCGUGAUUGGCCCGUUCGAGCCCCGUAACGUACCGCCAGCUGUUGGGGCUACGUUGUUUGAAAUCGAACGGCGGAACAGCGCGGAUCAGCGCAGAGCCAAGAGGCGUGAGAGAAGCCUGGAGAAGCCGAGCCGGUGCCUUUGAUUCCCGAGGUGACCGAUUAUACCUCGAGAAUGCCAGGCCGAGUUUGACUCGACCGUUGACGACUCCGAGGCUACGGACGGACCCCGUGUGUCUCCCGAGCCACCUGGUUGGACGACCUGACCCGGUAAGCACCUUCAGCCCAGGCCUCGAAGUCGUAAACACGCCGAGCGAUCUCGAGCGGUUCAAAAUAUUCACCGACUCGGCGGACGCUUCGAUCAUGGCUGCUGUUCGCGCACACGAGGACCAGGAAAAUCGCCUCGGCGAACCGCGCCGAGCCAAGGAAAACCUCCCCGCGCCCCUCCAACAGAAGCGCGCGGUUCUCGGAGUUCUCCACAACAAUUUGAACAGGAACUCCAAGCCGGAAAUUUGCGGAAAGGAUGAGAAGUAUCCAAAAGGAAAGGCGUUUCUGCCGACACAGUUUGAACCCUUCAAAAUAUAUGAGGAUAAAAAGGAGGAACCGGCAUUUAAAGUGUACGAAGAUAAGUUGGAAGAGGAGACAUCCGUUGUUCUUAGAGAAUCUAAGGAAAUCGUCAAGGUAACUGUCAAGCAAACUACGGAGAUAUCAAGUAAAGUGGAAUGGAAGGAACCACCUGCGGAGUCGAAGCCUGUCGCGGCGAAUGUCCUGCCGACGGUUCGUGCCAGCCCGAAGGAAAAGGAUAUCAAUGAGGAAAUUAAAGAAUCGCUGUUUGAAGGUCUCUCUCAUUCCCUCAUCGAGGAAAGUCCUAUGUCUUUAGAGAAGUCUACUUUCUCGGGAUCCACAAGGAAAGAUCGCCGGGCGUUAAGGGAAACGAGUAAGGCUCUUAGGAUCAAUUUCUUCGAUGUAGACGAAUACAGGGCUGAUAUUUACAAUUAUCUUCGUACAGCUGAGACGCAACACAGGCCAAAACCCGGGUACAUGAAGAAACAACCCGAUAUUACUUAUUCCAUGCGGUCGAUAUUGGUCGAUUGGCUGGUAGAAGUUGCCGAAGAGUACCAGCUACACAGCGAAACAUUUUACUUGGCUGUUUCAUACAUCGACCGUUUCUUGUCCUACAUGAGUGUAGUGCGUGCAAAGUUACAACUCGUCGGUACAGCUGCAAUGUUUAUUGCCGCGAAAUAUGAAGAGAUCUAUCCCCCAGAUGUUGGUGAAUUUGUAUAUAUCACAGAUGAUACCUACUCGAAGAAGCAGGUCCUACGAAUGGAGCACCUCAUCCUGCGAGUUCUGUCCUUUGAUCUCACUGUACCGACGCCGUUGGCUUUCCUCACAUGUUAUUGCAUCAGUAAUAACCUUUCGGACAAGAUACAGCAUUUGGCAAUGUACUUGUGUGAACUGUCGACACUCGAGGCUGAUCCAUAUCUACAAUAUCCACCGAGUCUGCUCGCUGCUUCCGCCGUGGCAUUGGCUCGACAUACUCUGCUCGAGGAAGCUUGGCCUCACGAAUUGGAGUUGUCCACGGGAUACAGCUUGCAGGACCUCAAGGAAUGCAUAUCCUGCCUCAACCGGACGUUCGCAAAUGCCCCGAACAUUCCACAGAAGGCGAUACAGGAGAAAUACAAAAAGAACAAAUUUGGCCAUGUGUCUAUGCUGCUUCCACGCAGUACCAAGAUCAUGGAGUGCGAGGAUGACACCGAGGAGAGUGCUUAGUCAGAGUCUUCGGCACGAAGAAGCCGUGUUGGAUUUGUCGACCCUGUUAUACACGCGAGGGCGAAUGGUGACUAACGAACCUCCAGGGAACGAGCCAUUCGCUGCCAAAGGAUUGCUACUGCUACUAGGAGGGGAUCGGCCCAAGACUGACCGAUAUCUUGCAAUCGGAUUUGUGCAUGCACGGUUAACACUUUACUCAACUCGAGGUCGAGCAAUGUCUUUGCGCAAGAAAAAGCGUUCACAGCCAUGCUCGUGUAUGCAGAUCUGAGAAUGAGAAUUUAUAAAUGUCAUUACAAGUCGGCGUAUACCUCGGAAAGCUACAACUCUGUCUGGCACUCCCUCGUUGCCCGAGUUCUACUUUGAAAGUACUUAUUAGAACGACAGUUUCUUAACACCAGGGAUUAACCAUUCUGUGCGAACCAGUGAAGAAGAAAAACAAAGCCUAGAAUAAAAAAGGGUUUCUUUGCGUCUAUUUAAAGAUUUUGUGUAAAUUGUGUAACGUGUAUGCUUCGAGUGAUCGGUGGGGAGAACCGGAUGACGAGGAGGAAUCGAGUGCUGAGUUUUGUUAAUUAAUUAAUUGCUAGUUCCAAGGAUCUAAAAAUCCAGGAAUACCGAAUGCAUGUAGGAAUUGUGUCCUAAGAAAAGAAUGAAAUAAUGGCAGUUGCCUCGCACGUAUGUGUCAGUACUUGUUACGUACUAAGUAUACAUAAUUGUUGUGCGAAGGCACUGCUGAUUUCUGUGCACAUAACCUCCGAUGGGAAGAUCGGAUGUAAGACGCGACGAUUAUUUAAACUAAAUAGGACAGGGUCUUUGCGCAGCACUUAGGUUUUCUCGAAUGUGUAAGUUGUACGGGGAGGUCGAAAUUAUUUAAACCAAAUUGCACCGUGUCUUUCGCAGCGA